UGUACAAGAGUGUGUAAAAGACAUCCGCUAAACGAAUCGAAAACACUACCUGGCAACCCCAGUGGAUCCGUGUUAGCUGGGAAGCCCGGUUGGAUCCUUUAGCACGCUUGUUUACGGUUUAAACCUCAGUGUUCUGGAGUUUCCUUCUCCUUCAGAAAGCUGAAUAGAGAAUAGAGAAGUGCGAGAGUCUGCAGGAGGAACGUUUCCUUCAUCUCAUGCUUUUGAUGUAAAUGAACAUCUUUUUUUCUUCUUCCCCUAACCUUCACAGUUCCAGUUCUACUAACUAACAUUACUCACUGAAUUCUCAACGAAGGACAACCUUCUGAACAGACUAGCCAUGUGUGUGUCGUCAUGGAGGAUGCAGCCGGGUUUGACGUGGCUCUUGUUGCUGAGCUUCAUGCCAUGGGGCACGGACUCCAUGCCCGAUCCGCGCCAACGGGAGGCUCUGAUGGAGCAGGAGGUGAGCAGAGAGGUCGGCGGUAGGGUGGUGCUGAACGAGAAAGAGAAGCUCCUCGAUGGAAAACUCUACCAGAUGAAGAGGCAGGAAAUGGAAGCGCCGGACUUCCCUCCUGCUAUGCACUUCUUUAAAGCCAAGGCUCUGAUCGACAGAAGUCCAGUCUUCAGAUUGCUGCAGAAGAUGCCCAAGGGAGCAGCUCUACACGUGCACGACUUUUCCAUGGUUGGAGUUGACUGGCUGGUGAAGAACGUGACCUACAGGGAGAACUGCUACGUGUGCUUCACCGACGACGGCUCUGUACGCUUCGUCUUCUUGUCCACACAGCCCAAAGCGGCGCCUACCUGCUCCGUGUGGGUUCUGCUCAAAAGCCUGAGGAAGAAACACAACACCACUGAGCUGGACAACAGCUUUAUUCGAAACCUGACGUUGGUUACAGAGGACCCAGACAUCGAGUACCCCAACCAGGACGUGGUCUGGAAGAGGUUCGAACAAGCCUUCUUGGUGGCCUUUGGGCUGGUCACGUACGCUCCCGUCUUUAAAGAUUAUCUUUAUGAAAGUUUCAGGCAGUUUUACAUGGACAACACCAUGUACGUGGAAAUCCGAGCUCUUCUACCGCUGACGUAUGAGCUGGACGGCAGACUGAACGAUCGGGAAUGGAGCAUGAGAGCUUGUCAGGACGUGGUCCAGCGCUUCACGGCUCGGUAUCCGGACUUCAUAGGAGCCCGAAUAAUUUUCACUGUCCACAGAGGCUUGAAUGCGACACAAGCCGUAUCGGUGGUCAAGGAGGCCAUUAUGCUGCAGAGGAACUUUCCAGACAUCAUGGCAGGCUUUGACUUUGUGGGUCAUGAGGAUAAUGGAAAUCCCCUGUGGUACUUUAAAGAGGCUUUGGGGGUGCCGGAGGAGCUCGGUGUCCAUCUGCCCUACUUCUUCCAUGCUGGAGAGACCAAUUUAGAGGGCACGGCGGUGGAUCAGAACAUGAUGGACGCCCUGCUCUUCAACACGUCUCGGAUCGGACACGGCUUUGCGAUGCCGAGGCACCCCGUGGUCAAAGAGCUGGCUAGGAAGAUGGACGUAGCGGUGGAGGUUUGCCCCAUCUCUAAUCAGGUCCUAAAGCUGGUCUCUGACCUGCGGAACCAUCCGGCGGCCAUGCUGAUGGCGGAAGGUCAUCCCAUGGUGAUCAGCUCCGACGACCCGGCUCUGUUCGGAGCGUCCGGUCUCUCAUAUGACUACUACCAGGCUUUCAUGGGCCUGGGAGGAAUGACAUCGAGUUUAGCUACACUGAAAGAGCUCGUGUUAAACUCUCUGAGGUACAGCUCCUUGUCUCCUACUCUGAAGGAAAAAGCCAUUGAAGCUUUGCUAGUGAAGUGGGACAAGUUUGUCUCGGAGUCUUUGCUGUGAACCUGCUGGACAAUAGGAGACAAUUAUCACGUGCAUCUUUAUACGUGUUUAAUCUGUGCGUCAAUACUGAAAGGAUUUUCCUGAAAGAUGGACCAUUUAAUGGCAAGCUUUAAAAUGAAUAUAUAUAUAUAUAUAUAUAUAUAUAUAUACAUAUAACAUUUUGAGAACAGUUUAUGAACACUUGAUUUUUAGGAAUCUUUAUUGCUCACCAUUUGAAGGCAUUUUUGUUGUGGCUAUACCAUGCUAAUAGAACAGUGUUUUAUAAAAUAACUAAGGCACUUCAACAAAAACUAUUUUGUAGAGAAAACAAUGAUCAAAAUUAGAGAAAGACCACAACUAAAAUUUCUGAAGGUCAGCAGUUAGCAGGAAGUGUACAGGCCCUUGCUUUGAAUGACUUCAAGUGAUGAUCUGUGGCUACAGGAUGUCGCUAGUCUCUCACAGUCGCUAGUUUGCUCUGGUGUGAUUUUGGUCCACUCUUCUUCCAGUCUCUUCCACAGUUCGGUGACUGUAGUGGGUUUCUUGGCCAUAACUUUGUCGCCAAUGAUUUUCCAGAGGUUUUCUAUCAGGUUUAGAUCAGGGCUCUGGGCUGGCCAUUUCAUUAUUUCAAGGUUUUCAGCUUCAAGGAACCGCUUUACCCCCUCCACCUUUCCCUGACUUCUUUACACACUUGUGGUUCAGUCUUUCCCCAGCUUGACGACGAACAUAAUGUUUCCCAUUGGACCGAAAUAAAUGAAACUUGCUUUCAUUGCUAAAGUGAA